UGGAAAACUGAUUUUUUUUUUUGUUUUUGGGGUCAUGGAGAGUGGAAAACUGGUUCAAUGUUGUGUGGGCCAUUGGCUGCGCCCGAGAACUCAAGACUUCAACAAUUUAGACCAACGUCACCACUCACCAGAUAAACCAAACGACGUUAUAGUGUCACCCAAGGGCACCUUUUCUGCUGGCUUCUACGCGAUUGGCGAAAACGCUUAUUGCUUUGGCGUUUGGUUUUCCCGAAACCCUACUCUUGUAUGGAUGGCAAAUCGUGACGAACCAGUCAACGGAAAGAAAUCAAAGCUCUCCCUACUCGCCAAUGGUAACCUUGUUCUAGUGGAUGCCGAUAAUUCCCAUGUUUGGUCAACAGACACCGUUUCAUCGCCGUCUUCUACCGUGCAUUUGGUUCUGUAUGACACCGGCAACCUUGUUCUAACGGAGGACAUGAACAGCACCGUGUUGUGGCAAAGCUUUGAUUUCCCUACGGAUACUCUUCUUCCUGAGCAAGUGUUCGCCCGAUUUACCAAAGUAAUCUCUUCGAAAAGCCAGACAAACAAGUCCACUGGUUUGUACACGUUGUUUUUCGACAACGAUAACGUUCUUCGUCUUGUUUACAAUGGCCCCGAAGUUUCAGGGAUCUACUGGCCAGAUCCUUGGAAUCUGAACUGGGCCAACUUCAGGAGUAGUUACAACAGCAGCAGAGUUGCAGUCUUGGACACUCUUGGCACCUUCAUUUCCUCAGAUAAUUUCACUUUCACCACUUCCGAUCACGGUUCCGUCAUCCAGCGAAGGUUGACCCUUGAUCCCAAUGGAAACCUUCGUGUUUAUAGCCGUAGCAGUGAUCAAGAUGACUGGUAUGUUUCCUGGCAAGCUUAUUCAAGACCAUGCAGGAUCCAUGGCGUUUGUGGGCCCAAUAGUUUGUGCACUUACCAUACUGAUUCUUCCAUUAAAUGCUCUUGCCUUCCCGGUCAUAAGAUGAAGUAUUCAAAUGAUUGGUCUUAUGGCUGCGAACCCAAAUUUUCUCUAUCUUGCAAGAACAAUGAAAGUGCGUCGUCGUCACAGUUCUUAUCUAUAAGCAACGUGGAGUUGUAUGGCUAUGAUUAUGGACUCAUGACAAAUUACACAUUAGAUCAGUGUAAAGAGUUCUGCCUCCAACUAUGUGAUUGCAAAGGCGUUCAGUACACUUAUAACAAGGCCUCUGGUACCAACAAUUGUUUUGUCAAGGUUCAGUUGCGGAAUGCAUAUCGCAUCCCAUAUUUUGAUGCUGAAUUUCUUUUGAAACUGCCAGUCAAUAGUACCUAUUCUUUUCAAGAUGAUCAAGUUUCAAUCGUUGAUAGACACAACAAUCUUGAUUGUCCUGUGGGUGCAGAAACAAUACAACUUGAGAGGAUUUAUAUCAAAGGGCAGGUGAGCAGAUAUGUUAAGUUCUUGUUAUGGUUCGCCGGAGGAGUUGGGAUAUUUGAAAUGCUGUGCAUAUUUGUGGUUUGGUACUUUUUGGUAAGGUUUAGGGUGCAUUCUGGUGCAGAUGAACGAGUGUAUGACUUAGGCUUUGCAGGGUUUAGGAGAUUCAGUUACUCUGAACUGAAACAAGCCACCAAAGGGUUUAGCCAAGAGAUUGGAAAGGGUGCAUGGGGGAUUGUAUACAAAGGUGUACUCUCUGAUGGAAGAGUGGUGGCCGUGAAGAGACUCAUGGAAGCGAAUCAAGGAGAAGAGGAGUUCCUUGCUGAAGUGAGAAGCAUUGGAAGGCUCAAUCACAUGAACUUGAUUGAGAUGUGGGGAUACUGUGCUGAAGGGAAACACAGGCUCCUGGUUUAUGAGCACAUGGAGCAUGGUUCUCUUGCCGAGAAUCUUAGGACAAAUAGAUUAUUGGAUUGGUCCAAAAGGUUUGAGAUUGCGUUGGGUACAGCCAAAGGUUUGUCUUAUCUUCAUGAUGAGUGUUUGGAUUGGAUUUUGCAUUGUGAUGUAAAGCCACAGAACAUUCUUCUUGAUUCUAAUUUUCAACCAAAGGUAGCUGAUUUUGGAUUGUCCAAGUUGCUUAAAAGAAGUGACACUAAUAAGUACUCUAGCUUUUCCAAGAUACGAGGAACAAGAGGAUACAUGGCUCCUGAGUGGGUUUUGAACCUCCCAAUAACCUCCAAGGUUGAUGUUUAUAGCUAUGGAAUUGUUGUGUUGGAAAUGUUCACUGGAAAGAGCGUAACCAAGAACCUUGGGAUUAGUAGUGAUGGAGUAGAGAAUAAUCAACAUAUGUACCUGGUUGCAUGGCUGAGAGAGAAACAGAAUAAGGGAUUUCGUUGUGGUUGGGUUAGUGAAAUCUUAGACCCCACCAUAGAAGGUGAUUAUGAUGAAAAUAAGUUGGAAGCUUUGGCUAGAGUUGCUUUGCAAUGUGUAGAGGAUGAGAGGGACAAAAGACCCACCAUGAGCCAAGUGGUAGAGAUGCUUCAGAAAUCUUUACAAUAAUCGGUGACAUUCAUUGUUGUCAGUGUAUCUAUGUGCCUGUUUUGUUUAUGUAGCUGAAUAAUUCUCCUUAUAGUUCGGUGUUGAUGUGUUUUCUCCUAGAAAAUCUCUCUGUUCUUUGUAAUAUGAAUAAUGAAUGUAGUUGCUUGCAUACCCCAAAUAUAAUAU